UCUUUAAAAAGUAUAGAUGGAAUGGAUUCAAUAUUUCAAAUGAUAAUUUUUAAUUCACGGACAGGUCGAAACAUAGGAUUAUUAGCCUAUUUGGUUUUAUCACUCAAUGCAGAAACAAUAACUAAAGGCUGUGUUAUCAAUCGAAACGAGUGCUGCACGAAUUUUCACCAUCACAAUGGUGAAUGCAUUCCCUGCCCUACAGGUUCCUAUGGAGAUAAAUGUUCCACUACUUGUCCACCCCCGUUGUAUGGGGAGAACUGUGGUUUCCAGUGUAAAUGUAGUCUGGAUGAAGUGUGUAGUCCCCAUAUAGGGUGUGUCAAAAUAAGUACCGCAUCCACUUUUUCUACAAAAACCAAAGCUGGAAACUACACGACGUCCACUCAAAACUCCAUAAAACCGGAAACUGACGCUGCACCAAAAAACACCUCUUUAUCCUCUUCAGUGAGAGGCUGCGAACUUCGUUGGGAAGCAUAUGACGAUCCUUCCCUCUAGAUAUGACCAUCUCAGCAUAAUGGUUGAUGGCAACACAGAUGGAGAAAACUAAAUCUUCUGUCAAAACAGUUUCAUAAAAUCUGCAGUUCUCUGAAUAAACGGAUCCCAUAUCUGAAAGGAAAUUGCAAAUAAUUAUUAAUCAGUAUUGGCCACCAUACCUUAUUUGUCAGCAUUUAGAAAACUUGUCAUACCUUUUAAUUAGAAACAGAAUAAUGAUAUAAUGAUU